AUGGAGAUGAAAAAAGUUUUUUGGGCUGUUGUAUUGUUUGGUUUGGUUCUUGGAGUGACCGAGAGCUUUGAUUUCAAAGAGAAGGAGUUGGAAUCUGAGGAUGGGUUGUGGGAUUUGUACAAGAGGUGGAGGAGCUUCCACACGGUUUCGCGAAGCCUGGAUGAGAAGCAGAAGCGCUUCAACGUGUUCAAAGCCAACGCGAUGCAUGUCCACAACACGAAUAAAAUGGACAAGCCUUACAAGCUGAAGUUGAACAGGUUCGCUGACAUGACCAACCAUGAAUUCAGGAGCAUCUAUGCUAGCUCCAAGGUUAGUCACCACAGAAUGUUCCAAGGCAUGCCACGCGGGAAUGGUACUUUCAUGUAUGAGAACGUUGACAGGGUUCCUCCUUCGGUGGAUUGGAGGAAGAAAGGUGCUGUCACAGAUGUAAAGGAUCAAGGAAAAUGUGGUAGUUGUUGGGCAUUUUCAACCGUUGCAGCUGUUGAAGGUAUUAAUCAAAUCAAGACACAUAAGCUAGUGUCCUUGUCUGAGCAAGAACUUAUAGAUUGUGACACUAGAGAGAAUGAAGGAUGCAAUGGUGGCUUAAUGGAAACUGCAUUCGAGUUUAUCAAACAACAUGGAAUAACUACAGAAAGCAAUUACCCUUAUGAAGCAAAAGAUGGAACUUGUGUUGCAUCAAAGGUGAAGGAACCUGCAGUGUCAAUUGAUGGACAUGAGAAUGUCCCCGUGAACAAGGAAGCUGCAUUGCUCAAAGCUGUUGCUCAUCAACCUGUAUCAGUAGCCAUCGAUGCUGGUGGAUUUGGCUUCCAGUUCUACUCAGAGGGAGUAUUUACGGGACCUUGUGGCACUGAUCUGAAUCAUGGAGUAGCAAUUGUGGGGUACGGAACAACUCAAGAGGGAACCAAAUAUUGGAUAGUGAAGAACUCAUGGGGAUCGGAAUGGGGAGAAAAGGGUUACAUUAGAAUGCAUAGAAGCGUUUCUGACAAGAAAGGUCUAUGUGGCAUAGCAAUGGAGGCUUCCUAUCCAAUCACAAAAUCAAUGGAACGUUCAUCAUUUCUUAGGGACGAGCUUUGA